AUGUUCGCCAUCCAAGCAGCGCCAAAGUCUUCUACAGCUGAACCUCAACCGUCAGAGGACCGAUUUACACCCAACAUCCUUCCCUGCAAGAUCCACUAUGAUGGACCUGUCAAGACGUUAGAUCGCUACUGGACUCCGGAAGCUGACGAGAAAGACAAGGACGUCCAGAUCGCCUAUUUCCGCGGCCGUAGGCUCAAGGGUCGCCAAGUCAAGAUCCCAGAAGGCUACGAAGGUAUUAUCGCAACAAGCACCGACCGCGUAUUGCCCCCCACCCGAAGGGAUCUUGACGCCGAUGUCGAGGAAGUCCAGCCGGAGGAGCCGGUGAAGGUUCUUGAGAAGCAGGGGACUUUCAACGAAUACGUGGUCUGGCAACAUGAGUUGGUCCCCGCGGCGGAUGAUGCCUUCGUGAAAGGAGUAGAGGAGUGGAUCGCAUUGGCCGAAGCGGUAUGCGGAUGA